AUGGGAUACUUGUAUGAGGCAAUGGAUAAAGCAAAGGAGAAUAAAAAAGCAAGGUUGAAGAAUAAAAUUUCUACAUAUAUACCAUUUACUAGUGUCAUUGAUGCUAGAUGGGAUAAACAACUCCAUAGUCCAUUGCAUGCAGCAGGUUGUUAUCUUAACCCUGGAAUCUUCUUUAGGCCGUCAUUUAAGAAGCAAAAAGAUGUUACAAAAGGCCUACUUAGUACCAUUACAAGGCUAGUUUCUGAUCCUGAUGAGCAAGACAUUCUUAGUUCUCAAAUUGAAUCAUACAAAAAGUCUUUAGGUGACUUUGGAAUGCCUAUGGCAAUCCGCCAACGUGAAAAACUAAGUCCAGUUGCUUGGUGGGAGCAAUUUGGAAAUGACACUCCAGAAUUACAAAAGUUUGCAAUUCGAGUGCUAAGUCAGUGUUGUAGUGCAACUGGUUGUGAAAGAGCUUGGAGCACAUUUGAGUUUGUCCAUUCCAAGAGGAGAAAUAGGCUUGAGCAUAAACGUUUGAAUGACUUAGUGUAUGUUCGGAACAUUAGAAGGACAAAGGAUUACUUGGAUCCUAUAAGCCUUGAUAAUAUUGAUCUAAUGGAGGAUUGGGUAGCUGAGGAAUCUGAAUUUCUGUUACUAACUGAAGAAGAUGUGAAUUGGGAUAGCAUUGAAGAACCAUUAGCAACAAUGACUUUAGAAGAUGAUAAUGAUGAUGAUGAUGAUGUUGUUGUUGUUCUUGAUGAGGAAGAUGGUAAAAAUGAUGUUGUGUUGACAGAUGCUAAUACUCAUGUGUAUUAUGGUCCUGAUGUAAAUCCUUUUGAUGGAUGGGAGUAG